UUAAAGAUGAUCCUUUGGCUUUUCCUGACUCUUAUUGUAUUGGCUGAUUGUGAGAACAGGCGCACUAGCUCCUGUCCUGACCUGUGUGCCUGCUCCUUGUCAGUUUUGGGUAUGGAGGUAGUUUGUAGCCAAAGUCUCCUUAAACAUUUCCCCACCAAUGGGUUACCACACAACACCACCCGUUUAUCCAUCCAGUCCACCAACCUCAGCAUUAUUACAACCAGUCAUUUGAGGGUCGUCCCCCAUUUAGAUCAUCUUCAGCUGUACCACACCAACCUAGAGAGCAUUCCCUCAGACCUUCUCAGAGAGGUUCCUCGCCUGAACGCCUUGGAUCUGACCGGUAACAAGCUGGUUCACCUGCCUCCGAAUGUCUUCAGCUAUGCCCCACUCGGAAGUCUGGUGCUCAAGAACAACUUGAUAGAAACAGUGGACGCUGACUGGUUCCUUCCCAACAGCAGCCUGACCUGGCUGGAUCUGUCCGGGAACCGUUUAACCACCGUCCCCUCAGCUCUGUUCCAGAAACUGCCUCACCUACAAAACCUGGACCUUAGUCAUAAUCGCCUACAAGAACUGCAACCAGACAUGCUGAAUCCUUUGCACCAUCUGGAGACAGUGAACCUCGCCGCUAAUGAAUUAAGCACGCUGAAACCGGGAACCUUCACCAAUAACCGUAGGUUGAUCCAGCUGUUCCUGCAGGAGAACCGCAUACGAGAGCUUCCCCCGGCCCUCCUUGGGAGCCUUCAAUACCUUCAGCUUCUGUUGCUCAAUCAAAACCAGUUGCAGAACUUGCCGUCCGGUCUGCUGGGUCAGCUCGGCCAACAGGAGCAGGGAGGCUCCCAGGUAAAGGUGAUUUUAGCGGGUAACCCCUGGGUGUGUGAUGCCAAGAUGGAGUAUCUCUGGAAGUGGCUUACGUUCUAUCCUCAAAAUGUCUUCUUUUUGGAGGAGGUGACAUGCGCCAGACCCGCAGGUCUCGAAAAACGACAGGUGGCCUCUUUAACUGAGAACGAGCUAGGUCUCGCAAAAUGACGUUCAAGAUUAAGAAAGGCGGUAAUAUUCUCCAGUAAAAUCUCCUAUCAGGUAAUAGGAAUUAGUGAUGAAGUAAUCACCAGUGGUGUAGUUACAUGACAUUCGGAGUGUAUCUUGCUCCUGUAAUGUGACGCGCUUCCAAGUAAAACAGGAUAUCAGGGUGGGACAAAAUGUUGGGAGGGACGUGAUUUGAUUGGGCGGUGCAAAACAUUUGAUGAUAUUAUUGGUUGGAAUGUUGCUUGCCUGCUCACUAAGACUUGGUGACACAACCACAAAACUUGGCUGUAUUGUAGAGGAAGUCAAGGUGAUCAGGUUUUGAUGUAAAAUAAGUAAAAAACAAACAUUUGUUGUGAUUAUUUCUGGCAUAAGUUGCUGAACAGGUGCAUAAUGUGGGGGGGAAAUUAGCUAACAAGUUUAAGAAAGUCCUUUUCAUUUCAAGUUGUCUUUAAAUUGACAAAAUCUAAGACUAAACUAGUAUGGUUAUAGUUUUGCUCUGUGUAAAGAAUAAAUCAGAUAUACCCUAAAUGUCUCUACCUGCUGACUCAGCUUUCACAUUCUACUGUAUUUCUGUUAUGUCUCUCAUGUUUCAAGUGAGCAAACCACCAGGUCUGAUUCAUUGUAUGGGUAAACUUCCUUCACUGAUAAAACCGAUUUUGAUUCUAAUUGAUGAUUUGUGUCCAGUUCUGUCAUCAUUACCAGCCAUGUUGUUAUCAUCAGCGAGACCUCGGUCUCAUGUUAAAUGACCUUGUAUCUCAUUUUCUGCCCACUUUUGGUUCUCUCCCUUCUCUCGUGAUUUCCCAUUGACUUCGUUAUUGCUUGGAGGCUGUCCAUCCCACCGGGUGGCAGAAGAUGCUCAGUACGUGUAGGGCAGGGAGCUGUAUGUGCAGCCGGUUGUGAAAUGCAUUAACGCAUGACCUUUGUUGUUACUAAGUCCGAGCAAAUGCUGUGAUUUAUCAAAAGUGAAGCUUGAUGCCAAAACCAGUGCGUUUCAUUGAUUUGGUGGCAAAAAGUGACCCUUACAUUUCCAGACAACAAGCUGAGUCCACAAUAUUCCGUGUGAAAGACAAAUGUGCUCGCAAAAUACAAGCAGCUGUGGUUUAUGAAAAAUAAACUUGAUGUCAA